AAAAAAAAAAUCUUCAACUUUUUCAGAUUUAAGUAAAAAUAUAGGUCAGACUCAUAAAGAGAACCACGCACCGUUAAAUGCCAUACAGAAGUCAAAUCCUCAUUCAAUUUUGAAUUUACGCAAGCCAGGAGGGCUUUCAUCAGUUAAAUUAGCAAUGAAUAAUGUUUACAAAAAGCAAAUUUCUGCCACAGAAAUGACAGAUGCAAUGUUUAGAUAUUAUAAGGCCAAAGCACCAAAGAAUGAACAGCAAUCACUGAAGCAUAGCAUGGUGGGACAAACCUCACCUGCUUCUGCUGAAACACAUGAACCGUCCACUAUAGCUGCAAUUGCAACCAAUGGAGCUGCAGAUGCCAUACGCAUAAAUACGGCUUCAAAAAACUUGCAAGGCGAUGAAAUGGUGCCUGUUAGAAAUACAAAAGACCUAAGUAUGUUAAGAUUAAAAGAGAAUCCAAUUUUUAACAAUACGACAUCAUUUCAUCCACGCAUAAAAUUUACAAAUAAACUCGCUUCGGUUAAUGACUCUGCUGAAGAUGCUGGAGAAAAUAUGCAAAACAAUGCUUCGAUUGCAGCAAUUCCAACAUCAGUGGUAGUUACUGCUUCUCCACAAAUUGACAUCAAACCAAUUGUAGACGUUGUUUCGGGAUUAACUAAAAAUACUUCAACACCCACUACAGUUAUAAAGUCUACACCCGAUCCUGAAGCUGGGACAUCUGAUCUUAUGCCGGCUAAUGCAAUUGCAGCAGCUCUUAUUAACCGCAACUAUCACUCUUUUCAGAAGCAGCUACGUGCACAAGAUAUACUUCGGCACCAACAAUCCAGAAAGCAGUUGAAAACUGCUAAUAAUGCUGCUCAUGACUUUAAAAACGAUGAUGUUCGUGUCAAAGCUUUGGAUACAUUUUUGGAACGGCAAAGAAAUAUCAAAUAUCUGGAUGAAAAUGAGGAUAUGAAUGCAAUUGAAAAUAAUGAUGGCGACGAUGAGGAUGAUUCACGCUACAAUACUUUUGAUGAUAUACAUUUACUUGAGACCAGCGCCACUCAAACAAAAAAUAAUAAUUCCGACAGUAACAAUAAAUCUGGUUAUCUUUCGGAUGAAUCCCAAAAAUUAUUUAUGGCAGCGAAUGCUUUUCGUAAUCUUGAGUAUACACUUAGUGACUAUUUGUUGCCCGGCAGCGAUAGUAGCAAUGCUAAUCCUAACGGCACAGCUUCUCUCAGUGAGAAUGGCGAAUCCAUAUAUGAAUGCCGACAUUGUGGCAAAAAGUAUCGUUGGAAGUCAACAUUACGUCGGCAUGAAAAUGUGGAAUGUGGCGGUAAGGAACCGUCACACCAAUGCCCUUACUGUCCCUAUAAAUCGAAGCAGCGUGGUAAUUUAGGUGUACACGUACGCAAACAUCAUUCAGAUUUACCACAGUUAGCAAGCAAACGUCGUUCCAAAUAUUCUAUGAAAUCGGAAAAAGAUAAUAGCAGCAACUAUAAUACAGGGUCGGACGAUUCCUCAAGUAAAUUAGUAAUCGAUUACCCCAAGUAAACCGUAUAAAAGUUAUAUGCAUAUAACAAUACACUUAAUCAUUGAUAUUAUAAGCUUAAAAAUUUAAACUGUACACAUAUUUUGUUCUUGCAAACUUACUGUUAUGAUAAGAGUUAAAAAUGUUAAAAAUCAAAUUUAUAUGUAUGUAUAUUUAUUUUUAGUACUGACAAAAAAUUUCUAGGACAAAAUAAUAAAAUUAUUUUUUUUUCCUGUACUUCAAAAAUAGGCGAAGUAAAGCCUAAGUAGAGUUAAAAAUUUACAAGAUGGACACCACAAUAACGUGGCGUUUAUAUAACCAAAUUUAAAAAUUAAAAAUAUUUUAAUAUGUAAUGAUUUUAAACUGUUAAUGAUUGUUUCAAAUGUGUAGUCUUCGCCUUAUCAUAUCACAAUAUUAUUUUUAAGCUUCGAAAUAACGAAA